CCGCAGCGGUUCCCCACAUGCUGCUGUUUUGUGGAUUUUUGUCGGUGUCGUCGCAGCCUUCCUGUUGCCAGGCGAUGAGUGUGGCUCGGAUCCACGACAAGGAGAAGCUGCGAUGGUUCUGGGAGCAGAGGAUCGUCCAGCACAGCCAGCAGAUGGACCAGGAGGAGAACCGCAUGAGGAGCAGCGCCCUGACCCGGCUGCGGGAGCAGUGGCUGCUGCGCCUCAACCUGAGGAACCAACAGCAGCAGCACUUCUACGAGGAGAGGAGGCAGCGAGAGCAGAAAGCUUCUCAGUUUCUCCAAAGGAUCAGUUAACCAACAAAUCAACACUGAAAUCACAGAAAUCAGACCU